AUGGCCCGUUUCGUGGCCGGCGCGCUUUCCGCCGUUUCUGGCAUCGUCAUUUUGGGAUCCCUUGUGAUCGCUGGUGUCCUUUUCAAUGACAUCAACACCCUUUAUUUCGAUGUCAUGGAUGAUAUGCAUGAGUUUAAGCUCCUCGCCGACGACGCCUGGAACAAGAUGAUCAUGACCCAACAGAAUGCACCAGAAAACACCUUGGAGUCCUUGUUCAAGCGUGGAAAGAGACAGGCCGGAGGAUCAUGCAACUGUGGACCACAGCCAAGCAACUGUCCAGCUGGACCAGCUGGGCCACCAGGAGAGCCAGGAGCACCAGGAGACGACGGAGCUCCAGGACAAGCUGGAUCCAACGGUCACGACGGAAUCCCAUCCCCAAUCGACCCAUACGCACAACAUGAAUGCAUCAAGUGCCCAGCCGGAGCUCCAGGACCACAAGGACCAGAUGGACCAGCCGGACCAGCAGGACCAGACGGUCAACCAGGACAAGACGGAGCCUCAGGACAAGACGGUGCUCCAGGAGCCCCAGGAGCCCAAGGAGAUGCCGGCGCAGCAGGACAAAACGGAGAGAAUGGAGCACCAGGAGCUCCAGGAAAGAAUGGACAACGCGGACAAGGAGCCCCAGGACCACAGGGACCAGAAGGACCAGUCGGACCAGCUGGACAAGAUGGAGCCAAGGGAGAAGAUGGAGCUCCAGGAGCACAAGGAUCUGAGGGAAUCGCUGGAGCACCUGGAAAGGAUGGAGAGGCUGGACCAGAUGGAGUUGCUGGAGAGAAUGGAGUUGAAGGAGCACCGGGAACUGAUGCAGCAUACUGUCCAUGCCCACCAAGAACUGUUGGAUAUGGAGAGGUUGAGCAACCACAGGCCGAGCAGAGUGGAUAUAGAAGACGUGCUUCUAGAAGACUUUAG